AUGGCCAGCAGCGGCCCUGGUGAUUCAUCAUGCUCUAUAAAUCAAGUGAGCGAUUCUUCCACCGAUGUUAACAGUCAUGAAUAUUGCAGCAAGGAGCAGUCUACAAUAUCCUGUCUGUCGCCGCUUAGCUCUAAUCAUGUCAAGGAUGAAUCGUCCAAGCAAACGCCGCUUUUUGACGCGCUUGGUGAGGAGUCCCCCAACGGGGGUCAAGAACUUGCGUCACAGCCCCUGGAUGUGAAUCUGGACCGUACCUCAGACCGGGAUGUGGCUGUAAGUGAGAUGUACAAGCAGACAAAAACAACUAUCUCUCCUGAAAAGCGGGCAGCACUGCAAGUUCUUUAUCAGAAGCACGGGUCCCACCAGUCUGUCAUAUGGUACAGCGCCCAGUCUGAGAUACCGAGGUCGAUCGUAUCGAAGUUUAUAACGUUCAUGGAGCACGGUCUUGAUGUGCGGAAUCUUUCAUACAGAGCACCAUGCAAGGCCAGAAUGGCCAAGACGACUAGAUUCUCUCCGGUAAUGUCGAUGAAAGGCUCUAGAACGGAAGUCUUCUCUGUAGCGUCUCCUAUCCAACUCAAUACAGUCCAGACAAACCUAGGCAGCUCAAUUCUUCAUACUGACCCGAACAACCUGGUCUUACAAAAGAAGGAUGAAAUUGUUAAGAAGAAUGUAGCAGACACAGAAAAGGCACCAGAGAGUAAGAGAAAGAGAAGAGGUAAUGAUAUCACAAAGGAUACUGCAGAGUCCAUGGAACGUCCACAUAAACAAAGAACCUCGAGACAGCAACAACACCCUAACAAAACUCCCGAAGGAUCUGCUUCAGAGAUACUCUCUUGCACUCCGAUGCGCUGUAAAGUGGAAACGGAACAGCUUCGCAAGAACAGAAGCAACAACCGCGAGAUUCUCUCCGCUAGAGUUACAUUUCUUCGCAUAGAGUUCUCCUCACCUUUGACGCCAAGAAUUAUUAGUCAGUUGUCGAAUCAGGAGGCUAGACGUGCUCAGCUUGACUUCAUUGAGAGAUACAGAACAGCUCUGGUAGAGGGACGAACUGCCAUGUUCAUUUCUGCUGAUCACUAUGAUCUAUACGUAAGCGGAUCAGAGAAUUUGAUAUCUCUUUCCUUACUAUCUCUUUUCAGUUCAGACGGAGAGAUAUUUUGUGAGCUCUUUCUGGAUCUGAUUGGCAAUGAGGUUAUCAGCGAGUGGAUCACCCACGUUCUCCAGACUCAAUUUAGCAACAAGGUGCCACUUAUAGUCACCACUCACGAGAUCCUCAGUACCCUGCCAAAUCACUUUCUUUCUAACUCUCUUUCUAUUGCCUAUUCAAGCAUUCUUGACGUGCUUAGCCCCGUGAAGCACAUGAUGGAAAUUUGGGAGCAUCGAGUAAAGUUCUAUAGUCUUCUGAACACGAACCAGACCGUGGAGGAGUUGCUGGAGCAGCUUUCAACAGAGUUCUUAACACUUCCCAAGACAAGUCUCCUGGGAAAGCUAGCAGAGAUACGAGAACGCGUGUGGUGGGAAGUCUAUAGCUCAACUUGGUCUGAGACCUCUAGGCCAAAAACUGAAUCUAGUGCAUCGGAAGUUCUAGCUCAAUGA